AUGCACUCCAAGGUCGUCAUCAUUGGCUCAGGCCCCGCCGGCCACACCGCCGCCAUCUAUGCCGCUCGUGCAGACCUUCAGCCCGUCUUGUACGAGGGCUUCCUCGCUCUCGGAAUCGCUGCUGGUGGUCAAUUGACUACCACCGACGAGGUCGAGAACUUCCCUGGAUUCAUGAACAUCCAGGGUGCUACCUUGAUGGACAACAUGCGCGCACAGUCCGAGGCUUGCGGUACCCAGAUCGUCACUCAGACUGUUGGAAAGGUCGACUUCUCCCAGAGACCCUUCAAGUUUUGGCUCCACCCCCUGGGCGACGACGAGAACCUUGAGGAAGAGACACACACAGCCGACAGCAUCAUCAUUGCAACCGGUGCUAAGGCAAGAAGAUUGGACCUGCCCGGCGAGGAGCAAUACUGGGGCAACGGUGUCAGUGCAUGCGCUGUCUGCGACGGUUCGCUGCCAAUUUUCAGACAAAAGCCUCUGGUUGUUAUCGGAGGUGGUGACUCGGCGGUUGAGGAGGCCAUCUACCUUACCAAGAAGGCUUCCAAGGUCACGGUGCUUGUUCGCAAGGAUCAGCUCCGUGCUAGCAAGGCCAACGCUCGCAGAUUGAGCACCAAUCCCAAGGUUGAAAUCAAGUACAACACUGUUGCUACCAAGAUCACUGGUGAGGACAAGCCUCGUGGUCUCAUGACCGGUCUCACCAUCAAGAACAUGAAGUCAGGAGAGGAGGAGAGCAUCGAGGCAAACGGUCUCUUCUAUGCUGUUGGUCACGAGCCUGCUACUACCCUGUUCAAGGGUCAAUUGAAGAUGGACGAGGACGGUUACUUGAUCACCGAACCUGGAACUACCCACACCAACGUCGAGGGUAUCUUUGCCGCGGGAGAUGUCCAGGACAAGAAGUACCGCCAAGCCAUCACCAGUGCAGGUUCUGGCUGUAUCGCCGCUCUCGAGGCAGAGAAGUUCCUCGCCGAAACCGACUCCGAAGUCGAGAAGUCGAUCGAGAACCAGGAGGUCAAGAAGAGCCAGACUGACAGCGACGUUCCGGAAUACAAGCAAAACCCUCUGCUCUAA